AUUGUAAUUUGGAGGUUUCUUAUAUUUGAUAUUUCGUUAGCCAUAGAACAAAGUUAUUUUUUGUAUUAAUCCAAAGUGCAUGGCAAUGCAGCAAUAGCUUUAAAAAAAUUAAUUCCAUACCAUAUAAAUCAUAAUAAGAAAGACAAUGACUCUUCCUUGAGAGUGAAAACUGUAGUGACUAAUUAUAGCUACUUGAUACUAUGAAGCCUGACCUUCAUCGAAAUAAGGUUUUACUCACAAUUUGGUGGGGGUCAAAUGAAAGACGUGGAGAAUUCGCACUUUGAACUUUAAAUAAAAACGAAGCCAUGAAAUCUUUUUAAUUUGAAAGGAGAUAAAUAGAAUGCAUCAGCAUGGUAUAAAGGAAUCGAUUUUUUUUUGGAUCUGGAAAUUGAAGAGUAAUAGUGUAGAGAUAAGAACAAAGAUAAAGAAUUGAUCAAAUGGGGCGGGGGUUAUGAAGUAAUGUGGAUUGCAUGAAAUUUCUUUUACGUCAUCCAAUCAAGUUCCAGACUGUAACUCCGGACUGCGCGUGGGAUAGAAAAAUGGAUUAUAUGCCUGAUAAAAGUACUGCAGCCGGCGCUGCUAAAGCUGCUGAUCGUAGCAAACGUCGUUCUUUGACCGCGCUUGCGAAACCCAAACGUGUGCGUAUUGGUGAGAAAGAAGCGGAGGAGUCUAAACAACUUUUGGGUAAAUUAUUGUCUUGUACGGAUGAGAAGGAAAGAAAGGCUUUAGCGGAACAAUGUGCCGCCUUUGCCAAUCACUAUGGUGUACGCGCUUUGAAGGGAGCUCAUCUUUGGCCUGCUGUAUCCACGGAACUAUUUGCAAAAAAGAUCAAGACCCCCCAAGUUCUGGGAGCACUUGAACUUUCCCAGGCCUUGAUCACGACUAACGCUUUAUUGCGUGGUCAAUUGGAGCCUCAUUUGGUGACUUUACUUCAUCCGCUCUUGGAUUUGCAAGCUGCCAAAGAUAAAAAAGUCGCGGAAUUGGCUGCUGAUAUCACCCGUAAUCUCGUCAAGGCUUUUAAUCCCAUUGCAACACGUCAUAUCGUGACUUAUGCGCUUGACGGUCUUGAAAACUCUAAAAAGUGGCAAACCAAGAUGUUGGCUUUGGAGGUGUUGGAGUUGUUGGCGACCAUCAACCCUAUGCAAGUCCUUGUGUGCUUACCUACCAUGAUUCCUGUUCUCUCCGAUUGUAUGUGGGAUACCAAACCUGAGGUGAAGGCUGCUGCCACGCAAUGUAUGACCCAUACCACCGCGCUUUUGGAUAACAAGGAUAUUGAACGUUUUAUCCCUGCUGUUAUUGAUUGUAUUAACAAGCCUGAAUCCGUACCAGAGAUUAUUCAUCAAUUGGGUGCCACUACUUUUGUUCAAGAGGUAGAUUCCGGUACACUUGCCUUGAUGGUGCCUCUCUUGAGUCGUGGUUUACGUGAACGUCAAACUUCCAUCAAGCGUAAAUCCGCCUUGAUUAUCGAUAACAUGUCCAAGUUGGUGGAUGAUCCUGAAGUCGCUGCACCUUUCUUACCUAUCUUGUUGCCAGCUCUUGAGCAUGUCUAUGAGGUGGUUGCUGACCCUGAGUGUCGUGGUGUUGUCCAAAAGGCUGUGGAGACUUUGAAACGCUCUGGUGGAGGAGCCGCUGCAGCUGCAGCAGUAUUGACAAGCGAUCAAAAACGUGAAAAGGUGUUUAGUACGUUGGACCGAUUGAUGCCUACCAAGUUGGAAGGCUUUUUUGCACCUGUCCGUAAAUACAUGGGUAUCUUAGCUUUGUCACUUGUUUUGGCACGUGAUUUUGAUCGUAAUGCCUGGAUCUCUUCCUUGUCACCUCACUCUGCUACCUGGUUACUUGUGACAGGACGCGAGCAUGAAGAUGGUGGAGAAGAAACCGAAGCCUCUGCGGAGAAGCUUGCGUUAGCUGCUUUAUCUUCAUGUGAAGAAGCCAUUGCGCCCAAGACUGGCGACGAAGAAGAAUUGGAAGAAGGCGAAGAACUCUGUAAUUGUGAAUUCUCACUUGCGUAUGGUGCCAAGAUUCUGUUGAAUCGUACUCAUCUUCGAUUGAUGAGAGGUCGUCGUUAUGGUCUUUGUGGUGCCAACGGUUGUGGUAAAUCUACCUUGAUGCGAGCUAUUUCCAAUGAACAGGUUGAGGGUUUCCCUCCACGUUCUGUUUUGAAGACGGUGUAUGUCGAACAUGACAUUGAUGGGUCUGAGGCUGAUACUGGGCUUGUUGAUUUCAUUGAUGCCUCUGAAGGUGUUGAGUGUCACGAUAAAGCCGAAAUUGCACGUAUUCUCAAGAACUAUGGUUUCACGGAUGAAAUGGUGAACCAUCAAGCAAUUGGUUCUCUCUCGGGUGGUUGGAAGAUGAAGCUUGCACUUGCCAGAGCCAUGUUGAUGAAUGCCGAUAUUCUCUUGUUGGAUGAACCUACCAAUCAUUUGGAUGUAGUCAAUGUUGCCUGGUUAGAAAACUACUUGCUUGGAUUGAAGACGGUGACCUCGAUCAUUGUUUCUCACGAUUCUGGUUUCCUUGAUCAUGUCUGUACGGACAUCAUUCAUUAUGAAGGUAACUACAAGUUAAAGCGUUACCGUGGUAAUCUUUCCGAGUUUGUCAAGAAGGUUCCUCGUGCUGCUGCUUAUUACUCUUUGGGAGCAGCACAAUCCGUGUUCCAUUUCCCUGAGCCUGGAUACUUGGAAGGUAUCAAGACGAAGGAACGUGCUAUUCUCAAGAUGAAGAAUGUGGAUUUCCAAUACCCUGGAUCAUCCAAGAAGCAAUUGGUGGAUAUCUCCAUGCAGUGUUCUUUGGCUUCUCGUGUUGCUGUGAUUGGACCUAACGGUGCUGGUAAAUCCACGUUGAUCAAGUUGUUGACUGGAGAGCUUGAGACGGAAACGGGAACUGUUUGGAAGCAUCCUAAUUUGCGUAUUGCGUAUGUUGCCCAACAUGCUUUCCAUCAUAUUGAACAACAUUUGGAUUCUACUCCUAACGAGUACAUUCAAUGGCGUUACGCUACUGGAGAAGAUCGUGAAGAGCUUGAUAAGAAUGAUCGUAUGCAUGGUGCACAUAAUGAAAAGGUGAUGCAACAAGUCUUUAUUAUUGACGGUGAGAAGCGUACGGUUGAAGAAUUGGUAGGUCGUCGUAAGCUCAAGCAAUCGUAUGAAUAUGAAGUCUCAUGGGUUGGCCGAUCCUCUGUGGACAAUACUUGGAUCUCUCGUCAGAAGCUUGAAGAUAUGGGAUUCGGUAAGAAGAUUGCUGAAGUGGAUUCUGCCGAAGCCGCCAAGAUGGGAUUGAAUCGUCCGUUGACAGCCAAGGAGAUCGAAAAACAUUUGGCGGAGGUAGGACUUGAGCCCGAGUUUGCUUCUCAUUCUCAUAUUCGAGGACUUUCUGGUGGUCAAAAGGUCAAGCUUGUGAUUGGAGCAGCUAUGUGGAAUAAACCUCAUAUGUUGGUGCUUGAUGAACCUACGAAUUAUUUGGAUCGUGAAUCACUUGGUGCACUUGCUACGGCUAUUCGCGAAUAUGGUGGUGGUGUUGUGAUUGUGACCCAUAACCGUGAGUUCUCUGAAGCGCUUUGUAACGAAGUCUGGAUGGUGGAUGACGGUAAAUUGACACCUUCAGGUCACAAUUGGGUCUCCGGUAACGCUGGUACCAAGAUUGUCGAAGCAGAUGCCGAAGAUCAAAUCGAUGGUCAAGGUAAUACUAUCAAGGCUACUGAAAAGAAGAAGAAGUUAUCUUCCAAGGAGCUUCGUAAAAAGAAGAAGGAUCGUAUGGAACGUCGUAAGCGUGGUGAAGAAGUUUAUACCACUGAUGAGGAAUUGUAAAACUCUUUUUUUUAUUUAUUUUUUGGUUGUCUAUAUUCAUUUACACUCUUUUUUCCUUCAAAAAAAAAAAAAACUACACUUUGUUACAAAAAAAAAAAACCUUUUCAUAAUAAAAUUUGCUUUGAAUUCGUUUGUUAUAAA